CAGCUCUGGGAAGCCACGUUGGAAUCCGGGUUCCAGAACGACGACUGCAGCAUCAUUCCAGCGACUCGAACCCGCAACCUUGUCACAACAUAGGUUCGCGUUGGUAUAUCACGAUGGCUGAACAAUUGCUGGAACAGGCCCGCGACCUGUUUGAGGGGCAAAUCGAUUUCGAGGGCCAGAAGCUGGUCGAGCUUCUCAUCAAUGCGGCCUUGACGCUCGUCGGAGCGAUCGCCUUCUUCGUCGGCUACUUCCUCCAAGACAUCAAGCUCGCUGUUUACGUAGGCCUGCUUGGCACCGCCGCAGUCUUCGUCCUCGUCGUUCCGCCCUGGCCCUUCUUCAACCGAAACCCCGUAAAAUGGCUACCAGUUGGGGGAGUCACACCUCCAGCAAACCUUGUGGUCGAUGAUAAGAUGUUUAGAUGAGAGAGCCACAGACAACUCGCACAGGUAGCAUCUUACAGAAGCAA